AGUGCAUAGUGCAAUCUGUGCUCGCUUCAAGCGAUCGUUGAAACGCGUCGUUCGCCACUAUCAAAACAAUCAGUCGCUGUUCGGAUCUUCGCGAUGUGCAUUCUAGUAGUGAUCGGUGUCCUCGGUGGUCUACUACUCGCCACCGGACAGGAGGAGCGCAAACCCUGUACGGUUAACUUUGGUGAAAAUUCCUCCGGUGUUGGUGUUCUGAAUCGUACCUUCAAUGGGAUAGUCUAUUGUGAAUAUUUGGGUAUAAGAUAUGCCGAACCACCGGUUGGAGUGCAGAGGUUCAAGAAUCCAACACUUCGCGCUCCCAACGGAACGGAGGAGUAUACAAACUUGGGCAGCAUCUGUCCCCAGCUAGAUGCACUCGGACACGCGACAAAAGUUCUAGGCGAAGAAGAUUGUUUAUUUAUGAACGUUUACAGUCCGGCUGUUCCUGGUGGCAACGACACAGUUCGGAAGUAUCCCGUCUUGGUUUACAUUCAUGGCGGAAGCUAUGCGAUUUGGUCCCCACAAACAGAUAUGUUCGGAGUGGACUUACUAAUAGAGAGUGGUAUUCUGAUCGUUUCCUUCAACUACCGCUUAUUCGUUCUGGGCUUCCUGCGUCAUCCGGAGUUCAACAUCACGGGGAAUUUCGGUCUCAAGGAUCAGCUCGUGGCCAUGCAGUGGGUCCAACGUUAUGUUGCCCCCUUCGGGGGUGACCCAAGCAAUAUAACCGUGAUGGGGCAAAGCGUGGGCGCACAUUCGGUCACAUAUCAUAUGCACCUGGAGCCAUUUCGUGGCUUAUUCCACCGAGCAAUCGCUAUGUCCGGUUCCCUCCUAGCACCUUCUGCAAUGAUCUACGUACCGGAAAACUUCACUCGCACAUAUUUGGAAUCAAUUCAUCUAACAUCGUACGACCAGUUGAUGGAGGCCCCAUUCAAGGAGCUCUUCCUGUUCCCACCCACAAACAGAAGAUUUGUUUUCGCAACCAUUGGCUUGCCAAUAUUUCUCCCUACGAUGGAAAAUGCAAACGAAUUGGGAGCUCUUCUAACAAAACCUUCGCACGAGUUGAUCCUCGAGGAACCCGUCAACCAGGUGCCGCUGAUGAUCGGAAUGACCGCAACCGAGUUCACCCCGCACUUCACCGAGGAGAUGCUCUUCUGCGCCGACGAUAAUUUCCCGAAUCGUGGCAACGUGACAGUGCUGCAAAUGGUGCGCAAGUUGAUCGCGAAGGCAGCCCUCCUGGCGAGGAAAAUAGAACCGCAAGGCGCAGGCCGGCAUUUCUACGGGAAGCUGACAGAUAUGGCCAAUAUGUAUUUUCCCGUCAAACGGCUGUUGAAAGAAUUGCGUGAGGUGCACCGGUAUCGGGCUCCCAUUUUCUACUAUCGCUUCGAAUACGAUGGGAGGUUCGGGAAGUACAAGAACAUGUUCUACAAGGGUGAGCUGGAUGAAAGCUAUGGUGGGGCAAUGCAUGGCGAUGAUUUGGGAUAUCUUUUCUCGCCGUAUGUUGUGAAGCAAGCUCUGGCCAACAGAAGUGCAUUCGAGACGGAGUGGAAGGUUACGGAACGGAAUGUGGAGCAGUUUAGUAACUUCGUGAAAUUUGGCAAUCCAACGCCUGGUAAAAGUGAUAACAUUAACGUAUUAUGGCCAGCAUUCAAUAGUAACCUAUCAACACCCCAACUGCUGAAUAUUAACGACGAGAAUGAAGUUCGGGAAGAUGAUGAUCGAUGGAAUUUCAUCUACCAACUUUGGAGUCGGAUUCACGAGUGUUUAUUCUAUUACGAUUGUUCACCGGUGGAAGAUUUACUUGAUAAAGUAGAACGACUUUCAAGCGGUAGUCUCUCUAGUGUGAAAUUGGAAGAUCUAUUCGAUGAUGAAAACAUGACAUGAAUAAUUGUACAUUUUAUUUAUAUGACUAACUGAUUAAAACUUCAAAUGAAUGGUUCACUA